CUGAUCACUAUGUCAAAUUCCCAAAAACAUUAUCAAAUGAAUCAGCAACAAUUUCCUAUUGUUCAGCUGAAAAACCUAUCCUUCAAUCAUGCGUCAUCCGAUUUAUUUGCCCUAAUGGGACAGUUUGGGAAUAUCCAAGAGAUACGAGUUGGGAGUGCCAGCAAUGUCGAAACCAGAGGACAGGCUCUAGUUGUCUAUACGACACUGAAGGCUGCAUCUUUAGCUGUGGAAAAACUCUCAGGGUUCAACUAUCAUGGAAGAUAUUUGAUAGUCCGAAUGUACACUCCAGAACCGCACCUGUGGAAAGAACUUAGCGAGAACGGUACUGUAUCUACACAAUGAAGAGUGGAUGCGGACAAUAUAAGUUAAACUAAAUUACAGAUUAUGUUAAAAAUAGUGGCGAUGAAGAUAAGAGUAAGAAGUCAAAAAAAGAAGAAGAAAAAAAGAGCAAAAGAAGAGGAGUCGAGUAGAAAUAAAACUCGAAAUUGUAUAAUAUAUAAUAAUAAAUGUAUAAUAACAGGCGAUAAUGUCAGAGAUAUU